CGUGAGCCCCAGUCCGGUGGGAGGUUGCGGGUCUGCUCACCUCUGCGUGACACUCCGGUGUGUUGUCGGUGAACUGUCGACACAUUUGCUCACCAGGAGCGGGCUCGGCGAACCACAGACCGGUCAAAAAGGGGGGGGCGAAGUCAUGUUCAGACUCCUUAGUCACCAUGGUAAGAGGACGCGGAGCUGCCUCGCAGGCCAGCGCCGCUACGAGCACCACAGAGCCAUCAUGGCUAUCCGCCGCGAGGACGUCAACCCCUGGGAAAGGAGGGCGCCGCUGGCCCCUCGACACGUCAAAGAGCUCACCAACGCCGGCGUCAAGGUCCUAGUGCAACCAUCCAACCGCAGAGCCAUCCACGAGAAGUACUACGCGAGGGCGGGGGCCGUCAUUCAGGAGGACCUCUCGGAGGCGUCUCUCAUCAUCGGGGUGAAGAGGCCGCCGGAGGAGAAGGUCAUUCCCAAGAAGACGUACGCGUUCUUCUCCCACACCAUCAAGGCUCAGGAGGCCAACAUGGGGCUCCUGGAUGACCUGCUCAAGAAG